AUGGCAAGCAGAAAAGGUUCACAGCAAAGCCGGGGAGAUGGUGAUAAAUACUCGGUGUUGUUGCCCACUUACAAUGAACGAGAUAAUCUACCGCUUAUUGUGUGGCUAUUGGUAAAAUACUUCGGUGAAAGGUAGAUCAUUUCAAGUUAUGUAGCACAGAGUGUGUGACAAGAUGUCACUGAUGAGCUGUCACUAAAAUCAGAGGAGGGGAUAGGGGAUAGCCAAUGGCUUACUUUUGCAGUCUGUUGCUGGGAUUUCCUGCUGCUCAUUGAUAAUUUCAGCUAAUGACAUACUCCCUGUUUUUUUUGUGUGUAGAAUAUGACUUAUAUAAAUACCUUCAUGAACUUAUUACAGCUGUCUUACCUCUGCAGUCUUCAUAACAACAACAUGAAGUUGUGGGUGGGCCAAGCAAUGACGUAAACAUGCAACAUUGUACUCCGUAGACAACAAAGACUGCAAUAACAUUUUACAGAUUGUACCUUUUAAAGUAGUAUAGCUUCUAACUAACUACAUUUGAACAGAUAUUGCAAAUUUGAAAGACAUAUUGAUUGAAAUUCAAGCUAUAACUGGAACUAUGAUAGAGCUCAUUAUAAAGUCCCUGUUUUCAUCAAAUGUCAGAUUAGCAUUUGUUGUGUGAUGGUUAAAACGUCUUUUUACUUAUUUACAGUGGAUACGACUACGAGAUUAUUGUCAUUGAUGAUGGAAGUCCAGAUGGGACACUUGAGGUGGCAGAACAACUACAGAAGAUAUACGGAGAGGACAAGAUAGUAAGUGAAUUUAGUAGAUUAGUUGUUCAUUUUUUAAUAUAUACUUUUACAUUCACAUACCUGCUGGCAUACCAAUACACUCAUUCACUCUGCUCUUUGUGGUUAUUUUUCAGCUCCUUCGACCAAGAGCAAAGAAACUAGGGUUAGGUAAGUGUCACAUACUCAUUCAUCAGAGUGAACACAGUGUUAUAGAACACUAUCUCAGGUACAUAUGUCUGGUAAUGUCCUUUAAUUCUGCAAACAGGAACUGCCUACAUCCAUGGCAUUAAACAUGCCAAAGGGAACUAUGUCUUCAUAAUGGAUGCAGACCUCUCCCAUCAUGUGAGUGGAUCUCCUGUAUAUCUGGACAAUACAGUAUCAGAGAAGCAGGUUGGGAUAGUGGCACCGGACCCUGUACAUUCAAUAAUUAAAAUGUAAAAAGGGUCCAAAAACAUACUAUUUUCAGGAGGUUACUUGUGGUGUUACAAUACUUGCUUGGUUGGAUAUUUGUAUGAAAAUGCUUCAUAGCCAGGAUUAUGUUUUAUGAAAUCCUUUGAAUGCAUGCAUGCAUCCUAAAAUACAUUUUUCUCUUUACUUGCAGCCUAAAUUUAUUCCAGAAUUCAUAGGGUAAGUCAUCUAUUUUAAUUCAUCCAAAAAUGUGAAUGUGUAUCUUUUUCUGAAAAGUUUUGAAUAUAGAAUUCAGAAUAUAGUAUGUCUGCUAGCAACCUACAUCUCUACCAUAUGAUUGUCUGUUGCCAAGUAUCUGAUGUGAAUGUGUUUGUCUCCAAGGAAACAGAGAGAAGGCGGGUAUGACCUGGUGUCAGGCACCCGAUACAGAGGAGAUGGGGGCGUAUACGGCUGGGACCUGCGCAGGAAACUCAUCAGGUGACAGCAGUGACACAAUCUCCCUUCUGCUACAUCUAGGUUGUUGGCUAUCAUUUAUUCUGCUUGUGCUCAUACACAAGGCAAGCAUUAAACUCUCAUCUGUGUGUGUCCCUACCUCUCUAACAGUCGGGGAGCUAACUAUGUCACACAGGUGCUGCUGAGACCUGGGGCAUCAGACUUGACAGGCAGCUUCAGGUAAGUGGCUAAAUGUAAAUAGGUGUGAAGAACAGCAGGCACAGUAAUCACACUCACUUACAUACCGCUACAUCAUCCUUUAUCAGUGUACCAGUGUGUUAUCUCACUGUUGUUUUUAAUGCAUGGUGAUCUCAGGCUCUACAAGAAGGAGGUACUGGAGAGUCUGGUGGAGAGGUGUGUGUCCAAAGGCUACGUCUUUCAGAUGGAGAUGAUUGUCCGUGCUAGACAGCUGAACUACACCAUUGGAGAGGUGAGGCCUUUUAACCCUUUGUGUGUUUUUUUGUGUUGUGGGUUUUGUGUAAUUUUGUUUCAUUUCUUAAUCAUGAGAUGUUUUAUUUGUUUUUACCAUCGAGGACCACUUUUGGACCAAGUAUUUUAAUUAAUACUUUUAAGUGCUAUCCUCUGGGAAUACAUUGUACGUCUGUUGUAUAUGUUUUUACCCAAAUAAAUUCAAUUUAAUAACAUUUUAGACGUUCUGUUUAUCAUGUCAAUAGGUUGUAUGUAGCUAAGUUAAAGGGAUAGUUAGGGAUUUUGGCAAUGAGGCCUUUUAUCUACUUCCCCAUAGCCAGAUUAACUUGUGGAUACCAUUUUUAUGUCUCUGUGUGCAGUUUGAAGGAAGUUGCUAUCUAGUGUACAAUUGAUAACUAGCGUUAGCGCAUUGACUGGAAGUGUAUGGGAACACUACCUCUACCUUUCUUCAUACUGGACGCAGAUACAUACAAAUGGUAUCCAGGAGUUCAUCUGACUCUUCAUUGCCAAAAUCCAAUCUAUCCCUUUAAACUAUAUUUUUCCUUCUUCCAAACAGGUUCCAAUUUCGUUUGUGGAUCGUGUUUAUGGGGAGUCUAAACUGGGAGGAAAUGAAAUAGUGUCCUUCCUGAAAGGACUGCUUACUCUCUUCGCGACAACAUGAUUUAUGAUGCUCUAGGUUUGGACUCAGCACAGCUUUUUAGUUUUUCAGUCAUGGCCUUUAGUGCAGUAAUUAACCUACAUCAAAAUCAGUGGCGUAGGACGCACCCCCACAGCCCACGCGAGGUGGGGGGC